AUGCUUUGUGGCGAUAACCCUUAUUCCCCUAGGCCUUAUAUCGCACAGAACCUUCAGCGCCUCGUGCAAUCACUAAGCAAUUACAUCCAAAGCGCCAGUUCUCUCCAGGAUGAGAUCAGCAAAUAUAUCGAACUCUACGCGGCUCCCAAAUGCCGCGAGUUAUGCGACUUGAUGUACGAUAAAUUGCCUAGGGAGUUGCGAGAAAUGGUGUAUAAGUACAUACUGCGGGGGCCCAAAAAGCUAUUCGACGCACAUGUUCUCAGUCCCUCGUCUUGGCCUUUACCCACGGUCUCGGGAUUCAAUUACCCUACCCCUAACGACAGCAGCUCCCUUUCCUUCCACAGGGAUAACGUCACAUUCUCGCAUGUCUUCUACGACGCUUUCGCUGGUCCGCACAUACGGCCUGAAAUCAUUGAGUCUUGGUAUCGAGCAAAAACUUUCACCUUCACGGACUGUGAAGUCAUCGCGUCCUUCUUGGAGCGCGACUACUGGGGCUGCAAUGUAGAUCUCCGAUCUUGUGUCAAGAACAUCGAGAUCGUUAAGACGGUUUGGGACCAGGAACAGAUGGCCGGUCUGGACGAGACGUUUGCUCUGGUGGUGGAGACGCAAUUUGCAGCUAUCAAAGGCCUAGAUAUCUUAUUCAAUCUGAGCGAGGGAGCAAAGAUUACGUUCCUGAUCAGGGGUCCAGGCGUUAGAAAGUGGCGCAGGGCGUCGUAUAAAAUAACCUUGGAAGAUGUCCGACGCGCUGUACAUAGUUUGAGAAUGUUCCCUAUAAUUAGUCAGGUGUUGAAGGAGGGUUGUGAGGUCCUUGUUAAGUUUGAGGAUCAAGAGACUUUCGAGGUGAACAAGGGGCAAGUGACGGAAAACCAUUGGGUUGAGAAGAGCAAGUCCGGUACUGGAAAAGCCGGAUGUCACUAG